ACUUUGUUGAGUUCAGCAGCAUGAAGGCGCUUCGACCUGGUACCUGAGUACUACUCAACUAAUUGAACUAGUAAGGAGAAGGUGGGCAAUGGCUGAAUACAGUGCUGUGAAGGGAGGCAAGUUGAGGCUCAAAGGAAGCGAUUCUAGUCAUAAGAGUGUUAAACACAAGAAGAAAAAGAGAAAGUUAGAAGAAGAGAAAGAUGAAAGAUUACCAGAUGCAGAAGCCCAUGGUGGAUGGUGGACUGUUAGAAACUUCGAUGAGAUUACCGGUGACGUUGUCAUUGAGAUGGCACCCAAUGCUUACAUCUUUGCUCAGGACACAGGCCUAUUCACAUUAGGAGCACCUCAUACAAAUUCUCAAGAAGGCCCCGCCCCACCUGAGCAACUGACAGCCAUCCGCCUGUCAGACACCAAGAUCGCCCUGAAGACUGGCUUUGACAAAUACAUAUCAGUGGAUUAUGACAGGAGGGUAGUUGGCCGAUCAGAUGCCAUUGGGCCAAGGGAGCAAUGGGAACCAGUCUUCCAAGAUGGCAAGAUGGCUCUGAUGGGAUGUAACAACUGUUUCUUGUCUUGUAACCAGCACGAUGACAUCGUGGUAUCCAGCACCACAGCUGGGCCGGAAGAGAUGAUUAAGAUCCGUUCCUGUGCACCUCUCAUCAAGAAAAAGAAAGACAGCAGACCAGCUGAGGAUAAGGGCGACAUAGAGACAUGUGAGAUCAGCUACGUCAAAAAAUUUCAGAGUUUCCAGGACCACAAGCUUCGAGUGAAUGAAACUGACAGACAGGGCCUCAAGGAAGCAAGAGUAACAGGGAAACUACACGAAGCCUUACUUGACAGGAGGGAGAAGAUGAAAGCAGACAGAUACUGCAAAUAGCAAACAUUACAACACAAGGACUCUUCAUAGGAUUAAGAUGGGGUUUAUUGCCAUCUGCCUUUCACAUCUUGGAGCUCCAUCAGUGGCAUAUGCCAAGGAAUAGUGGCCUGUGACUCAUCACUGCACUGUGCAAAAUUCACCGAAGGUUGUUGGACUGUACCACACUAUCGUUUCGUUGGUCGCAGCACCAAGUUCCCUAUUGUGUGCUUAUAGUCUAUACACUGUUUUGCAGCUGGCCAAGCGCGAGUUGCAUGGUGACUGCAGUAUGACGGAAGACUCUAUUCCUUUGAAUGCGUACAUUUCUUCUUAAGGACCUCCACGAAUCCAUCAAAUUCCAACACUAGGCAGAAGAACCAAUGGUGCAUUCCUUGCCCUUUGACGGAUUGGAACAUCAAGCCCACAUCAAUUCAUGGUUCCUGGGCCCAGCAGAACUAGCGCCUUUAAAAUCACACAUAACCAAUGGUUGAUUUUUGGAUAAAUCUGAAUCAGUUACAGCCAAGAAACCAUGCAGUGU